ACUGACGUCUCUAUGUUAUUUAUGUGCACGUUUGUUAUUUAAUUUGAAUAUUGUAAUAUUAAAAUGUUUUCGAAAAAUCGAAUUAUUGCGUAAGAAAAUUUGUUUUUGUAUGCUAUUUUCAAUGAUCAACCCGCUUAUAUCUUAAAAGCAUUGCUCACACUCGUAUUAAAAAUAUUUUGGAUAAUUUCUGCUGUUGUAAAAAUGUCCAAUGAAGAGAAAACUAGUUUGUCACAAGAAGAAGUAUUACAUCAAUUUGUUAAUCGUAUAUUCAAUAAUGAUCAAUUUCGAGAAAAAAUUAUGAUGCCAACUGUAAUGGGACGACCGGUGAUGAAAACAAUGGAAGAAAAAACAUUAGAUACAAUUACUGAAAGUUGUGCCUUUAAAUCCAUUCUAAGUGGAGUGAUGGGAUUUGCUCUCGGUGGAGCUAUUGGUCUUUUUACUUCAAGUGUAAAUCCUCAAAUAAAACCACCGGGUCAGACAGAAACAGUUAGGGAAAUAUUACGUGAAAUGAAAACCUCAUCACUUGGUUAUGCAAAAAACUUUGGGUUACUUGGCGCUGUAUUCUCAGGCAUUGAAUGUACUGUUGAAACUUAUAGAGGUCAAUCAGAUUGGAAAAAUGGUACUUAUGCAGGUGGAAUAACUGGAGGUUUACUAGGAUUUAGAGCUGGAGCCAAAGCAGGUAUACUUGGUGCUUUAGGUUUUGCUACGUUUUCCACUGCAAUUGAUUACUAUAUGCGUAACUCAUAAAUAUUGUUAAACAUAUUAUAUAUUUGAUUUAUUAUUAAUUCUGUUUUUGUAAAUAGAAUGUAAGUAGCUUUUUUUAAUAAAAAUAGUAAAAUUAUUAAAACUAA